UUGAAAAUCGAAAAUUGUAUUAAAAAUAUUAAUAAAAACAAUCAAUAACACUUAAUUAGUUUAAUAUAUAACAAAAAGAAUAUUAGCUAACAAAAAACAAAUGGUAAUUAAAUGAAAUACAAAAUGAGCUACAAGGAGCUAUCAAUGAUCACUCUAGAAGAUCUGGGGCAAUAUAUAAAAAUAAUACUAAAGGGAACAAGGUCCAAAUAAAGCGGCAACUUGUUUUCUAACACUUUUCUGGAACUUAUCUAAUCUCUUCUGGACAACAGUCAGAUUUCGAAUUUCUAUCUCAAAGGAUUUUUUUUAAAUUUGCUGUCAUCAUGUUACCUGCCACUAUCUUUCGCCAAGUUUCCCGUCACCCCAGUGGCCUUUGCAAGGGGCUUACAGAAUUGGUGGGCGGUGCAAAGACUUCCUCAUUUCCUCCACCCACAGCUGUUAUCAAUUGUCUGAAUCGUUAUGCAGCUGCUACUGGCUUCAUACGCAUAUCUUUUUUGGAUAUUAAUCAAUAUCGCAAUUGGGAUGUAGCCACAUUGCGUAUGUAUGCCGAUAGCAAGAAACACUCCCUGCACAUGAAAACUCUGAAGGGACGUGAUAUUCUGCAAGGUGUCAUCGAUAAGAAACGAGAAUCAUUUAUAGAACGUAAAAAUGUUAUUGUGGAUGAUAUCCGCGAGGCUAAGCACAAAGUGCAGGAGCGGAUGCGUGAGAAAAUGGAGGAAGUGUAUGAGAAGGAAAAUAUUAUGACCAUACCAAAUUUGUUGACUAUGAGUCGUAUGGUUUUGUCUCCUUAUAUAGGUUAUGUAAUUGUGGAUGGUCAUUAUAGUAUGGCUAUAAGUUUGUUGGCCGUAGCUGGAAUAACAGAUUUACUUGAUGGUCAAAUUGCCAGAAGAUGGCCUAGUCAGGCUAGUAAAGCUGGAUCGUUUUUAGAUCCAGCUGCUGAUAAAGUGUUAAUGGGUUCUUUGGUUAUUUCUAUGGGUUAUUGUGAUCUACUGCCAUUAUGGUUAGCUGGUGUUGUACUGUUUCGUGAUGUGUUCCUAAUAGCUGCAGGAUUUGUUAUUCGUUAUAUUAGUUUGCCACCGCCACGCACUUUUUCGCGUUAUUUUGAUGCCACGCAUGUUACUGCUCAAUUGGAGCCAACAUUUAUAAGUAAAGUCAAUACUGGUGUGCAAUUGGCCGCCGUUGGCAUCAGUUUAGGUGCUCCAGUUUGGCACUACAUGGAUCAUGUGGCUCUUCAUGGUCUUUGGUAUUUAACCGGAGCCACUACCGUAGCAGCUGCCUUAAGCUAUGUAGUUAAUAAGAAUACUUUUAAAAUUUUAUCCAAAAAUAAUAACACUCCCAAAACCUCUAAGAAAACGUAAAAGGAAGUUGUGUAAAAUCAAAAAACUACAACGAUGAAUCGAAAAAAAACUUCCUUUACAAGACGCCUUAGCUAUUAAGCUUUAAACUACUAAAAUAUCAUUUGAUAAUAUCACUAAACCUCCAAAAGGGUUUAAAUUCAUUAAGGAAAGUAUAUAUUUUUUCAGUUAUCUUCAUUUUAUUUCCUUUUAGUUAAGUUUAUUUUAAAAAUUCUCCUAAGUUGUGUUUUUUUUAAGUUUGGCAAUUUUCUUUUUUGUUCGUUUGUUUUAGAUUUACUUAUAAGGACUGAAAUUUUCUUAAAGAAAACUAAAUGACUCUAAUAAAGUUUGCAAAUAAUAAAUAAA